UACAAUUAACUUCAACAGCCAUGGCUUUUAAAAAUUUGUGACGUUGGAAAAGAAAGAUGUGGAAGAUAACACGAGCAGAGUGUUUUUGUUCAAGUUCGAGCUAUAAUAAGCUUAUUCGCUUUCUACUCUGUAGAGAUCAGACUCUUCAUCUUUCAAGCCUCCCCAGGUCGCCUAAACUCUUCCAAUCCAAGAACACCCAAUCGUCUACCUUGACAAACCAACCAGAAACCACUACUAACAUAGCCGCACUCUUCAAGGAGAUCACUGAGAUCUUAGGAUCCGACGAGAUUAUCCCAGAUAAAGUCUCUACAGGGAUCUCGACAUCUAAAGAUCACGACUUGAGAGCUGGGUUGAAAGAAGAAGAAUUGGCCACUUGCACACAAAAUGUUUGUGAAAACGCCGAGGCUAAUAUCAUGCGAGAAAAAGAGAACUCGUCUGUUUUGGAAGAUACCCAGAUGGGGAAUACGGGUGAAAUUGAUGUUAGUCCUAUGGUUCAUGAGAUUACUGCCAUUGUUCGAGCAGGAAACAGUGUGGUUUCGAUGGCAGAGCGGUUAGACAAAGCAGGAUUUCAACUUGAUCCAGAGAUUGUUGACAAAGUCUUGAAGAGGUGCUUCAAAGAUCCACAUUUGGCUUUUAGAUUUUUUGAUUGGGUGAAAAUGAGAGAUGGGUUUUCUCAUACGACUAAGACUUAUAAUACUAUGUUGUACAUAGCUGGGGAAGCGAAAGAAUUUGAGCUGGUGGAGAAAUUGAUGGUAGAGAUGGAGAAGAGCUCUUGUGAGAAGGAUAUUAAGACAUAUACCAUUCUUAUGUCACAAUACGGGAAAGCAAAAUUGAUAAGCAAAGCCCUAAUGGUAUUUGAGAAGAUGAGGAAACUUGGGUGUGAACCUGAUGCUGAAGCUUACAGAACAAUGAUACGAUCACUUUGUACUGCUGGAGAAGCGGAAAUUGCAUUUGAAUUUUACAAGGAGAUGGUCCACAGGGACAUGGGUCUAGAUAUAGGUUCAUAUCGACUGCUACUCAAUUCUUUGGUGCGGUUGGGAGAUACUGCUGCUGUUCACUCAGUUGCAGGUUCAAUGAAAUGCGUCUCUCAGAUUCCAGAGCACAUCAUUUUUGGUUGUAUGUUGAAGAGUUUUUGUACCUUUGGGAAAAUUAGAGAGGCUCUAGAGUUGAUUCGAGAGCUCAAAAAUAAGGAGAUACCAUUCGACGUUGUAUAUUUUGAGACAUUGGUGAAAGGGCUGUGUAGGGCUGAUAGGAUUGCAGAUGCUCUGGAAAUUGCUGACAUUAUGAAGAGAAGGCAGUUAAUUGAUGGGAAGAUUUAUGGGAUGAUCAUCAAUGGGUACCUGAGGAAAAAUGAUAUCUAUCAAGCACUUAAACUUUUUGAAAGCAUGAAAGAAUCUGGGUACACGCCCAGCGGUUCUACAUAUACAGAGCUCAUGCAACAACUUUUCACAUUGAAUGAGUAUCAGAAAGGCUGUGAGCUAUAUGAUGAGAUGCUAGAAAGAGGUAUCAAACUAGAUAGUUUAGCAAUCACGGCUAUGGUUGCAGGUCACAUUCGCCAGAAUCAAGUAACUGAAGCAUGGAAGGUGUUCAAGAGUAUGGAGGAUAGGGGCAUUAAGCCCACUGGGAAAUCCUACUUGAUAUUCAUUCAGGAGCUGUAUAAACUUUCAAGGAUAGAUGAGAUUAUCAAGGUUUUGGACGAAAUGAAGGCUGCCAAGAUGGUCAUUCAAGAUCAAGUAUCCCGUGGCGUUAUGGCUUAUUUGGAGAAAAGGGGGGACAAGGAUAAUGCUGAAAAGGUAAAAAAGAUGUGGAUGAUGCGCAAACUUCAUUUUCAAGAGGAGGAGAAAUCUGCUAUCGCAUUUGGGGUGGAGGAGACCCAUAUGGUGGUGAGACAUGACCAAUCAGAAUCAGCAGAAGCAGAUUGUCAUCCAGUGGAUCAAUUUCCAAAGAGAGAUAAUCAGCAGGACUUGCUUGAGAUUUGUAAGAUAUUAUCAUCCUCAAUUGAUUGGUCCUUUAUUCAAGAAGCUUUGGAGAAACACCCCAUUGCAUAUACUCCAGAACUUGUCGUAGAGAUCUUAAAGAGUUGCAGCAUGCAUGGCAAUGCUGUAUUACGUUUUUUUUCAUGGGUAGGAACACAAGCUGGUUAUAGGCACACUGCAGAGACGUAUAACAUGGCUAUCAAAAUCUCAGGGCGAGGGAAGGAUUUCAAGCAUAUGAGGGGUUUAUUUUUUGAAAUGAGAAGAAAAGGUUGUUCAAUAACACCGGACACAUGGACAAUUAUGAUUAUGCAAUAUGGUCGAAUAGGACUUACUGAGAUUGCUUUGAGGAUUUUUAAUGAGAUGAAGGCUGAUGGCUGUAAUCCAAAUGGUAGUACCUACAAGUCUCUGCUCAUAUCUCUUUGUGGGAGAAAGGGAAGGAAGGUAGAUGAAGCCAUUAAAAUAUUCCAGGAGAUGAUUCGUGCUGAGUGUGUACCCGACAAAGAAUUGCUUGAAACUUAUCUUGAUUGCUUGUGUUUCUCUGAUAAGCUCUUGGAAGCCAAAAGAUCUGUAGAGUCUAUCUGCAAGAUUGGUUUCACAGUCCCCCUUAGUCAUUCCAUGCUCAUCCGGGCUCUUUGUCGGGCAGGAAGACUGGAAGAAGCGUUAGCAUUGUUAGAUGAAGUUGGAACUGGGGCUGAGAGAUUUACAUUAGAUCAGUACGUCUUUGCAAGCCUUGUGCAUGGACUAUUAAGCAAGGGGCGGUUAAAGGAGGCAUUGGAGAAGGUGGACUCCAUGAAGCAGAUGGGCAUUUAUCCAACUGUUCAUGUUUAUACAUCCUUGAUGGAUCAUUUCUUCAAAGAGAAGCAGAUAGAAGACGCUCUGGAGAUGUUCAAGAAGAUGCAACAAGAAGGUUGUGUACCGACGAUUGUCACUUACUGUGCGAUGAUACGUGGGCUGGUGAACGCGGGGCAGGUUGCUGAUGCUUGGGAUAUCUUCAAUCGCGUGAAAGUUAAGGGACCUCAGCCUGGUUUUAAGACUUACUCCAUAUUCAUUACUUGUCUCUGUAGGGCCGGAAGAUCUGAAGAUGCCCUGCAGCUCCUAUCUGAAAUGCAGAACAAUGGUAUAGUUCCCAGUACGGUUAAUUUUCGGGCAGUUUUUUAUGGCCUAAACAGAGAAGGCAAGCAAAAUAUAGCUCAAACUGUACUGAAACAAAAAUCAGCCCUAAAAUAUAAACGCAAAUACUUAACAUGAUUAUUACUCAUUCUUUUCUAGACA